CAGCACGCAGAACAGCAGCAAGAUGAAGCACCUGCUGUUUUUGGGGAUUGCUUUUGUUGCAGUCCACAUCAGCCAAUCAAUACCAGAUUUCUGUCAACUGUCUGAAGAUGAAGGAACUGGAAACCAAUUUAUCUUCUCUUUGUAUUAUGAUGCCGACAACGACCGAUGCAAUCCUUUCUUCUACAAGGGUGAAGGAGGAAAUGGCAACCGCUUUGUAAAUGAGAGAGAGUGCAUUAGAAACUGCUCAUCUAAUUCAGAGACACUCUACCCCAAGGAUGUGACUGAGGCUUGCUACUUCAAAAAGGCUCCAGGUGGUUGUAAUGGUCAGUAUUUGAGAUACUACUACGAUGCUGUCCAUGACAAGUGCAAAAAGUUCUUCUGGACUGGAUGCUUUGGAAACGGAAACCGGUUCCCUGACCAUGACACCUGCAAUGCCACAUGUGCCGGCAUCCAUGAUGACAGAGAUGACCCAGAGGAGGAUGAGCCAGACACUCCCAUUGCAAUCAUCUGUGGAGUUUUGCUCGGCAUCAUUCUUGUGGCUGUCAUUAUAACAGGGAUUCUCUUGGCCGUCAAAUCAAAGAAAAAGGGCUCCAAGAAGAAGUCAGGAGGGAAAAGCCAAGAGGCCCCGGCUGAAACACCUCUUCAGGAGCAGAGGAUUGAAAUGUCAUAAAACAGCAUGUGGAGUUUUUACAACUUGUUUUUGUAUUCUCGGUUAAACAUAUCAAAUGAUUAUAUGACUGAUGUUCAAUUUAGUUUUGUACUGACAGUUGUAGGAUAGACUUUUGAUCAAUUUUGUACUUUUCAGCUUCACAACAUGUCUGAGGUUAGUUCAUGAAGUCAUUUCUUUCCCUGGAGACUUCUUCACGGUUUUCUCUCAAUCCCAAAUUUAAAUGGUCAAACUGUACUGAAAAGAUACAAACCCACACAUUUUGAGUAUUUUUAAGGACAAAAUACCUCAUACUACUACUACUACUACUUAAGUUUUCUUUUUCUAACUUUCAGUCAUGAGGAUUUGUCAUAUGUACAUAACAGAUUUGGCUUUGGACUGUUGGUAAGAGUGAAAAUGUGUGGAUCAAAAAGUGAAAACCAGUGGAUCAAGGAAAUAGUGAUAGACUUUUAUUAUAAAUUUCAGACAUCCCAUAGCUCUAAUAGAUAAUCAAGGAAAUUACAGGAUAUUACUGUUUUGAAUUGCAAACUUAAUAGAUGCAAACCACUUACAAAAUUGUAGGAACAAAAUUUAUUGGCUGGUAACAGGAGCAAACCUGCACCAUUUCUGAGCUCUUCUGUGUGCACAAUCACCUGACGUGAUUUCUGUAAUCUCAUGAUCAUGUUACCAUUCAAAAUAUAACUGCAUCAUCACCUGACUCAAGAAUUUGCUGAUAAAAUGUCUGAAGCCUCCAAGAGACACUGACAUUCAAACUUCAACAUACUGUAUUUGGAGCUGUUUUUUUAGAAGUGCUGCCCAGUGAGCCCACUCUCUCUGUUAUUAUGUUUUCCUGCUCAGCUAUAUGAAUGUCUUAUUUUAGGCUCUAAAAACAUUAAAGUGUCAUAAACCACCUG